CGGGGGAUUGAUGGAACGGUGCAUAUAAAAGAGCUGUAGGAACUUCCUUCAAGGCUCCCUAUCCUUCCAUCACUUCCUCAAGCCAUCAACAAUCUGCUCUCAUCCAGUAUGAAGACCACACUCAUCCUGGCCAGUGCUCUUGGAGCAGCUGCCUUCCCUGGUAUGAAAAGGGGCAUCGACGGUGUUCCACACGAAAUCAGAUCUCUCCUGGAGUCCGAAGGCGCGAGCUUGAAGAAGCGUCAGGAGGAUGCCCUCGGCAUUUCCCGUGCGCAGUCCAACUGCGGUCCUCGUCUGUGCCCGACUUUCGACGAGCAAGACCAGCUCGUGUCUGUGAGUGGUGAGCAUGAGUGGAUCAAGCCAGGACCAGGCGAUAUUCGUGGACCUUGCCCAGGUCUCAACGCUGCUGCCAACCAUGGCUACCUCCCACGAAACGGUAUCGCAUCGAUCCAACAGACUGUCAGCGGUCUGGGUGCAUUGUACAACUUGGGCCCUAGAAUCUCUGCUGCCCUUGCUGUCUACGCCAUCGCGACGACUGGAAAUGCCGUCGAGGGUGUCUGGUCUAUCGGCGGUCCGCUGCCUGAGUUCCCUCUCACCAACCCACUCAUUGGCACCGGUCAAGGUCUCUCCUACUCGCACAACAUCUAUGAGGGAGACUCAAGCAUUGGUCGCGGUGACUCUUACAUCAACAACGGAGAUGCACACUCCCUGAACGUCACUCGCUUCGAGCAGGUGUACAACAUCGCCGUUGCCGAUGGCAGUGAUCGAUACACACUGGAUAAGUUCCGUGCCAAGUUCGAGGAGGCUCAAGACGAGUCGAUCGCCAACAACCCAUACUACUUCACUGGUGCUUUCUCAACCGUCGUCGUUGUGCCUGCAGCUUACAACUUCGUCAUCAACCUGAUGAGCAACCACUCUGCUGAACAGCCAGCCGGCUAUCUCGACGGCUAUAACUUCGCCUCAUUCUUCGGCGUCGACACCAGCGGCGGCGCUGGCAACUUCAAGUGGCUCCCAGGCCAAGAGCGCGUCCCAGAAGACUGGUACCGCCGUCCAUCUUACGCUCCAUACGAAGCCCAAGAUGUCGUCGGUGACGUCGCCAUCGGCUACCUCGCCUACCCACGCACCCUCAAGUUCGGCGGCAACACCGGCAGAGUCAACACCUUCACCGGCGUCAACGUCGCCAACCUCACUGGUGGCGUCUACAGCGCUCGAACACUCUUCACCGGCAACAACUUUGCUUGCUUCAGUUUCCAGCUCUUGCAGCAGGGUAUUCCAGAUGCGUUGAACAACGUCAUUGGUAACUUGUCGCCUAUCACUGCGCUGUUGAACAAGUAUGUUGGACCGAUUGUCGGUGGAUUGAGCUGCCCACAGUUGGCCAAGUACGAUUACAGCCUUUUCGAUCAGUUCCCUGGUCGCAAGUAUAACCCCAAGGGCCCGGCUACCAACUUCAAGGGUUAGGCGAGGAAAUACGAGGGAAAUUAUGAAAUGGUAUAAUGAGGAGGAA